CAUUUUAUGAGAAAAGCAAUCUCAAUGGCUGGGAUAGAGAAAGAGUACUUGAAGCUUUUGGGGACAAAACUUAGCUCAUUCUGCAACAGGGUAGAGUUUGCUUUGAAGCUUAAAGGGAUUGAGUAUGAGUUUGUGAAUGAAGAUCUCCAAAACAAGAGCUCUAUGCUUCUCGGGUUCAACCCCGUCUACAAGAAAGUUCCGGUUCUAGUUCACCACGGAAAAUCCAUUUCUGAAUCACGGGUGAUCCUCGAUUAUAUCGAGGAUAGGUGGCCGCUUAAUCCCAUCUUGCCCAAGGAUCCUCUUGAAAGAGCCUAUAUGAGGUUUUGGGCAAAAUUUGUAGACGAAAAGUUAAUUGAGGCAUUUAAGAUGGCAUGUUAUGGAGAAGACCAACAAAGUAAGGGGAUAUGUUUGGUUGAGGAGGUCUUGAUGAUUCUAGAGAAGGAGAAAGCAGCAAGAAAAGAGAACACUUUCUUUGGAGGUGAGACCAUUGGGUACCUUGACAUUGUCAUGGGUUGGAUAGCAUAUUGGUUCAAAUAUGCGGAAGAAGCAGGUCAACUUGACUUAAUGGAUGCCAUACGCUAUCCACAUCUUAUGUCAUGGAUUCACGAGUUCUUGCAAGUUUCCAUCGUUCAAGAAGUUAUUCCUACUCCCUCCGAGAUGCGUAAAGUUUGUCAAUAUCUACAAGUCAAUUAUCAGAAAUGGUUUCCAAAACGAUUAUCUAGGACAUGA